AUGGUGCAAACGUUUCCAAAGGCACAGCUGUCUUUGAUUCUUUUGUAGGCAAAAGCCACGCGGACCCCGGCUUCGUUUCCCGCACGUGCCGCUCGUGCCACGGCGUAGGAACUACUUUUCCCAGAAAUCUGUGCUUUGAAAUAUCAAGGGUUGAGUUUGGACGGUGAACGCGGACACACCCCCCUCUCCCAGCGCAGCUGCCCAGGCCAAAUUAAAUCAGAGGAGUUGUAAAUGUGCUAACGCGUGCGCUCUGCUUGUUAUUAAUGUACACAUUUAGCUGCUAAUUUCACAGCAUCUUGUGAGGUGUCCGAGGUGCUGCGUGUCGGCCAUGGCGAACCCGGGCAGGUGGUGGCAGCAGAGGCAAUUUCCAGAAAAGGCGGGCAUGAGCGCGGCCUUCGGCCCGGUCACCAGACCCCCGGUCACCAUCCGGCUGAGCGAGAUGCUCGCGCCCAAGGCCGACGCCGAGAGGAAACCGGUGAGGAUCCGGCCACCCGCCCCCAGUACCCCUCCCCCGAGAGAGCCUGCUUUGGGGCGGAGCUUCUCCUGCGAGCCCGCGCCCAAGCCCAUCAUGAGGCGGCGCACGCGGUCCUUGCCCUCUGCGGCCGAGCGCAGGCGAGACUCCCGUCGACUGCAGGUGCGCUUCGUGGACUCGUUGGGCCUGGACCUGGAGGAGGUCAAGGUGUUCGCGGCAGGUGAGGACCCCUUGGUCCCGCAGCACGUGCUCUCCAGGUUGCUGAUGAGCGCCGAGAUGGCGGCGGGGAAGCACCUGGAGAUCUCGCUGCCCUACUUGAAGCCGGCGUUCCCGGAGCGGCCGGUCGAGCAGGCGGACUUCCUGGCGCGCCUCUGCCGCCAGCGCGUGUGCCUGGAGCAGGUGCUGUGCUCGGAGGCGGGCAUCGUGGGCACGGCCCAGGUGCUCAACCUGGCUUUCGAGAAGGACGUCUCGGCACGAUACUCCUUCACCGACUGGAAGAGCAGCGCCGAGAGCAAGGCCUCCUGGGUGGGCACCGUGCGCGGGGCGGGCGCUGCCGAUGGGCCCGCGUCGGACGUGUUCCGCUUCAGGCUGCCCGUCCCGCCGUUCAUUCUGCAGCCCGGCGCCGUGCUCGAGUUCGCCGUGCGCUUCCGCAUCGCCGGCGCCGAGUUCUGGGACAACAACGACGGGCGCAACUACCGGCUCACCUGCCACAGCUACAAGCUCGCCGUCCCCAAGGAGUGCGAGGACAGCAUGGUGCACUUCAUCUAGCCACCUGCAGGGGGCGCUCUGCUUUGAAGAGCACUGUACCACUAAGCACUGCGUAUUCUUAGUCUUAUUAGGCAACCGGUUGAGGAGACAGCUGGCUGGAGACACUUUUUACACUUCCUUACACUGUGUCUCUGUUGUAAAUGCACUUUUGUUUAGGGCUGUUUUGCCGUUUUGCGCCAAAACUGAGAAAUGGCCACUGGUUCGAACCGCUGACCUUCACCGAUUUCUCAACUUGCCAUUUACUCUGCACUUGCUAAUAGCUGGUUGGGUUUAAGGUGCUGUUUCGGGAUUUAAAGUGAAAUGGGAAUUGAGGGGACGACUACUGAAAUGUGACUUAAUGCUUUAAUAGAAAAAUCUCAGAACUGAAAUGCUACAUGUAGCAGCACUUGCACUUAUUUUGUCGUUUUUCCUCACUAAAUGUAUAUCAGCAACAGCACUUGGUGUUGGGAAGCGUGGUGCCAAUUUCAAACGCACUUUUGCAGUAAUUCACUUAUUCUUGGGUUCAUGCUGGAGAACAUGUCUAUCACACAGGUGCCUUUAAAAGCAGCAUAGUGUAGUUUAUAAUUAGCAGUUUUAGUCAAGCAAUGGAAAGAUUUCUUUUCUAUUUAUAAACCCCUCCAGUGCUAUUUGCCAAUAAGCCAUGGAACGUUGUCUUUAAGGCCGCCGUCUCAGUGUUUCACCUUCGCCAGUAUUCCGCAAUGCCAAAAAGCACACUUACGUUCUUCUGACGCUCGAGGUUUCUUAAAUAUGCCGUAACUCAACCGAACUUGGAAAUUCCUGUUUGCCCAAUGUGCCGUAUCUAUGUCAUCGUGUUGAGUGAUAAAUUUCUACAAGUGUGAAACUAAGAAACUUGUACACAAACGCACCAGCACGUUGUUUAAAAGGAGGGAAAAAAAAAAACGAAAGGGGGGAAAGUACUUUAAGUGUAACAGGUGGGAGAGUGGAGCUGAUGUGUAGAACCAGUACCGCUCCUUCUCAGGUGGGUGAAGUGUGGUAAAAGCCAUGUUGUUCUAUGAGAAACACACUGAUUCACUCAGUUGCUCGAAACUUUAUUAAAGUUUUUAUAUAUG